AUGCAGGCUGAAGAUCCCCACGGCGCUCCACUACGUGUUGGAACAGGCGAUGAAGGACCUAAUGCACUAGGCGUGGGAGAGCCAUCUGAACUGUCCCAUGCGGCCAUGCAAUUCAAGGGGGAUGGGGAACAGCGCAUGGUGGAGAUCAUCAAAUGUGUCAUGCAAUACAACGAUGGUGCCAUAUUUGAAUGGGGGAAGAAGGAGAAGACGCUGAAGGAGGCUCAGGAGGCGCUCAACGGGCAUCCUGUGUUUGCAGGGCAGCUGAAGUUGAACACCUUGAAGGACAAAUGGCGCAAGAUUGAGAAACAUGCUGAGGAAAUCGCUAACGGAGGUGAGGAAAAAUGGGUGAAGCUGUGGCAGAAUGGUGGCGGGGAACUUUCAGAGAUGCACCAGCUCAUGCUCGAUCUGGCCGGGCGGAUGAAGGCUAUGAAAGACAGGAAGGAGAGGGAGAAGAGGGAUGCUCUGGAUGAGGAGAAUGACGCCAGGGAGAGGCUACAGGGUGCUAUGGAGACCACCGCUAAACGUUGUGGUUAUAACAUCGCAGCACAGACUGAGCAGUGCUUAACUCCCUCCCCCGAGCCUAAGCGCGCCAAGCAGGAUCCAGCUCUGUAUCCCAACGGAAAAGGGUCCAACCGCAAAAGCGGCAGCCCGUCCUCCGACCAUGUUGGGGGCGUUCUCAGUCAGCAAGACCGCCUGUGCGAUCUACUGGAGACCUCUCAGGCAAACGACAGAACCGUUAUGGAGCAGUUUGGGAAGGCACAGGUCCUCAAGGCCGAGGCAGACAUCAUCAAGGCCCAGGCAGACCGAAUAAAUGCGGAAGCUAUUCGCGCGCAGCGGGCGGCCGAUGCGAUGAACGCCUUUCUGGCUUUUCAUGACAGGGGUAUGAACAUCCCAGAUUAUCUGAUGAACAUGCUGAAAGGGAACGACUAA